AUGUCUAAUUCAAGCGAGGAAACUGGUUCUUAUAUUAUAGACAAUGCGACAACAAGAAAGUGGGUUGAUUGGAUUGAACGAGCAAUUGAAGAUGAACACAUUAAUUUUUAUGAUUAUCAAAAAUUUGAAAAUAUUCACAAAAUUGGAAUGGGUGGGUUUGGUAAAGUGUAUAAGGCAAACUUAAAUACUGGGGAUGAAGUUGCUUUAAAAUCAUUUUAUAAAGAAAGUUUUAAUAUUAAAGAAGUUGUAAAUGAAAUCAAAUUAUUACGUAAAGUAGAUUUUAAUGUAAACAUCAUUAGGUUUUAUGGAAUCACUAAAAAAGAUGAUAGAAAAGAUAAUUUCAACUAUUUAUUAGUGCUUGAAUAUGCCAAUAGCGGAACAUUGCGUCAAUAUUUACAAGCCAAUUUUGAUUUGAUUGAUUGGUAUACGAAAUUAAACUUUGCAAAACAAAUUGCGACAGCAGUAAUGUGUCUGCAUCAAAAUGAAAUUAUACAUAGAGACUUGCACUCGAAUAACCUUUUGGUACAUGACAACAUUAUAAAAUUAUCCGAUUUUGGUUUAUCAAAGAGAUUGCUUGAACAUUCAAAUUCUACACUUCAACUAAGAGGAAUGAUUCCAGAUGAUCCUAAGAGUAGACCAGAUAUUGAAUGUGUAUUAACAAAAUUAAAUGAAAUGAUUGUGGAUAUGGAGAAUAGAAUGAAUAAUGGUAGUAAUAGUAGUCAUAGUACCAUUAGAACUAAAAAAAAUAGUCUUAAUAUAUUGCCUAAAGAUGGCAGUUUUAAAAAUCGUGAAGCACCGAAACCUGCAGAACUUCCGCUUCCGACGAAUGUCGCUCCAGUACAAACAAGUUACAGUUGUAUGCAAUCACGUUUUGACUAUUUAGUAAAAACAUUUUUUGAAAAAAGUCUGAAUUCUCUUAGUUUUGUUGGAUUUGAUACACAAAGGGAUAUUGCGAUUAACACUCUAGAGCAAGAAAAUAAAUUAAUACAGAAAAUCGUUGAUGAAUUUAUACAUAUUAUAUUGAUUAAUUCAAUAAAUUAUGGUAAAGAAGAUUAUCAGAUAAAAAAUCUUUUGUUUGAACAUUUAAAAGAAUACAAUAAAUCUUUUAGUGAUAUUCUCAAUUGGUUGGUUAAAAGCAUAGACGUUAAAAGAUAUGCUUUACUACUUGGAUAUAUUUAUUAUGCAGGAAUUGAAACAAAAAAAGAUUAUCAAAAAAAUAAGAUUGAUAAUUAUAAUUUAAAUGACAUCGAGAUUUGCAUUGACGAAGAUAUCGAUAUCUUUAGUCCUACCACCACCAUUAUCACUACUCCAUGUGAGGAGGAUAAUGGUGUUGAAAUGAUUGCAGCAUAUUUUAUUGGAUAUUUUAACGAAAAUGGUUAUGGUACCGAGGUUAAUAAGAAAUUAGCCUUUAAAUAUCUCAAAUAUUCCUCCGAUAAAGGUUGUUUAUGUGCCAGGAGCUCACUUGGAUAUUGUUAUUUGAACAGUAUUGGAGUCAAAAAAAAUGAAACUGCAGGAUUCAGGUUAUUUAACGAAGCUGCAAAUAAAGGUAACAUAAAAGCAAAGGUUAAUCUUGGUUAUUGUUAUGAAAAUGGAGUAGGAACUACCAAGGACCUUGUUAAAGCAUUUCAACUUUAUCAGGAGGCAGCCGAAAACGGCAAUAUAUAUGGCCAAUAUAAUCUUGCUUUUUAUCACGAAAAUGGAUAUGGCACUGCAAAAAACAUAGAUUUGGCCAUCAAAUGGUAUAGUAAAGCUGCAGUAAAUAAAGAUAGAGACGCUGCCAAGAGGUUGAGACUUUUACAAAAACAUAAAAAUAAAUUUAGUUUUAUUAAUAAAAUCUUUUCAAAAGCUUAA